AUGAUUUCAAUUUCUCAAGCUAUGAUAUCUCUUGGGAGGUUGGACCGUUAUAUGAUGAGUAGGGAAUUGGUGGAGGAUGCGGUGGAGAGAGGCAAGGGCUGUGAUAGUAGAACUGCUGUGGUGGUUAAAAAUGGCGCGUUUAGCUGGGAUGAUGAAAGCAAAGAAGAGGAUUUGAAACACAUAAAUUUGAAUGUCAAUAAAGGGGAGCUGACGGCUAUUGUAGGGACAGUGGGAUCUGGAAACCCAUAA